ACAGACUGCGUGAGAUCAUCUAAUUUCCUUCUGUUGUCUCAUUUUUUUUUUUUUUUCGCUCUUCCUGUCUCUCUUGUGUUCCCUUCAGAUGAAUUCAAAGCCUUCCUGAAGCGGCUUCCCACCGACCGAUUUUUAAAUGUGUCCACGGUUGCCAAGUUCUGGUCAGCUGACCUGCCCCUGCAGAAGCGCUAUGCUCAGCUGGAGGCCAGCACUGUGCUGGUCUUGGGAAAAGCCCAAAAGAUAGUGAGGAAGCUCUUCACCCUGAGCAAACGCUGCCCCAAGCAAGCCCGCAUAAGUCUGCCUCGAGAAAGGCCUGUUGGCUUUUGGCUGGGCACGGCUCAGUCUCUGCUCUACUGCAACGAGCAUGGAGUCCUGGGGACGUUCUCUGAGGAGGCUAAAAGCUGCACAUGUCCUGUGGACCAGCCCACCUGCCAAGGAGCAAUCCCCUGUGUUGUGGGCACCUCUCCCAACUCCUGCUCCCAGUGUGCCACCGACAAUGCCACCCGAUGCGGAGCCUGUCACCAUGGCAACAUCCUCCAUCUUGGUUCCUGCCGUCCGAGCGUUGGGGCCUCGCUGGACCAUUACCUGAAUUUUGACCUGGACAUGCCAGAUGCUGAGGUGAAGUACUUGCUUCAGCGACUCGACAGCAGAAUUGAGGUCCACGCCAUCUACAUCAGCAAUGACGUCCGCUUGGGAAGCUGGUUCAAUCCUGCCUGGAGGAAAAGGAUGUUACUUACACUCAAGAGCAACAAGAACAAAUCCAACCUCAUCCACAUGCUAAUGGGUAUUUCUUUCCAGAUAUGCUCAACUAAAAAUUCGACACUGGAACCUGUGCCUGUCAUUUAUGUAAAUCCUUUUGGGGGCAGCCACUCGGAGAGCUGGUUCAUGCCCGUGAAUCAGCCCGAAUUCCCUGACUGGGAGAGAACUAGACUGGACAGCACUCCCAAUGCGCAGUGUUACAACUGGACACUGUCACUGGGGAACAAGUGGAAGUCUUUUUUUGAAACGGUCCACAUCUACCUACGGAGCCGCAUCGUCACGGACGAUCCGACGGUGAACGAAACUCUCUUUUACGAACCUUUGGAUUUGGAUGAUCAGACGUCAAACUUGGGCUACAUGAAGAUCAACACUCUGAAAGUCUUUGGAUAUAGCAUGCACUUUGAUCCUGAAGGCAUCAAGGACCUGAUUCUCCAACUCGACUACCCCUACACACAGGGCACGCAGGACGCUGCCUUUCUGAUGUUGCUGGAGAUGAGAGAUCGGAUUAACCGUCUGUCUCCACCGGCGCCACAGCCACUUGACCUGUUUUCUUGUCUGCUGCGGCACCGCCUCAAGCUGUCUGCAGGAGAGGUGGCACGAAUCAAGGAUUCUCUGCAGAUCUUCAACUCCAAGCUCCCCAAUGCUUUUCCAGAACCUGACCUGGCCCAGCUUUGCAGCUAGCUAGAUUAGCACUCUUGGUUCAGGAGUUUUACUGCACCCAGAGUGGAGUUGCUGCUUCAUGGACAAUCCUAUGUUGGGUACACAGAAGAUUAACCUACUCCGAAAGUCUUAUGCUGGGCCUUUCUUUUCUUUCACUUUUUUCAUUGGUUGGUAGGUGCAACUUGUUUCUUCUGUAGAGACUCUGCUUUACCAAUCGGAUGGAGUACUUUUGCUAUUACUGCCGUGCUUUUGGUGAACUCUCUGACCGGACCGGGUCAACCAUCUUAUCUAUUCUCAAAAGUCUGUUAUUUUUGUUUGUUUUGAACUGCAGAGAUACUGUAAUCUCUGCCAAGAUUUGAGAUUUGAUCUUAGGAAGAAGAACUUUAGAGUGGAGUUGGAAAAAUGUGUCAAAAGAAGAGGAUUUUCCUUUUAUAACUAUUUUCGUUGGAAAAAGAACAAUUGGGUUGGGGAUGGAGAGUAGUUAUAUUAUCCAUGUGGUGAAUAAGUUAUGUUAUGCUUAACAGUUUGAAAUUUGAUAACCCUGACCCCUGCUAAUGUCUUUGAGAAUUUAUUUUUAAUCCACAUCUUCCAUUCUAUCUGGCAUUUUAAAACGUAUAUCUAUUAUCAUCCAAACGAGAAGCCUGUUAGUGAUGUUCUGUUCAUGGUGGUGUGUCUGUGCCAAAAGCAGAAGAACACAUUGGCAAAUCUGAGUGGAAAAAAACAUUGGCAUAUGCUGUCUUUUCUUACUCUUUUAACCUGAAAGUGGCAGAAAGAAAUCACGUGACGUGAUAACAAGGGGGAUCUGUGGAUGUAGUGCUGUAAAUAAUGCUCCAUUUAAUUCAAGAUUGUGGACAAGUGCACAUUGCUUUCUAGAUAACCGAGUAAAAGACCAAAAAAAAUGUUUAUAACAAAACAGACUCAUGCCUUAUAUGGAAAGUUAAUGUUAAAACAAGAAGCACAUUUAAUUUCUGUGUUUGGUUUUGAAGCAAAAGGUUGUUUCGCUUUUUAUAUUUCUACCAGGACAGAACAACAGACAGAAUCUCCAGAGUAUGUGAUGAUGUAGCUUUUCUAUGUACAGCAAAUGCCAGUCACAUUUUCUGCUCUUGUUUCAAUUCAGUGUUGUGGAGGAAUUUGAAUCACUUUUCACAGUGCCCACCAGUACUUGCACUAUGUAACUGUUCUGCAAAAUCUCCAGUUAUACAAAAUCUUUGUAACUGAUGGAUCUUUUUUUUUUUUUUUUUGCUUUGAAUAUGGUUUUCAAAGUUUUAAACAGCUUGGUUUAGUCUCAUGUUUUUAAGUCGGUAUUUGCUUUUCGUCAAUCUAGCUUUCUUUUUUUCUUCUCUCUUUAUGUGGGUCACACUUCUAGCAGCAGUUAUCACGGCAAACGCACGGUCAGAAAGUUUAUCUCGGGCAGUAAGGGUCCCUUCAGAGUCGCAGACUUACGAGUAUGACACUUGAUAUGAUGGUACAUUUACUUUGCCAAUUUCUCACAGUAAACCCUGUAUGUCAUUUUCAGCUGUUCUGUGCUCAGCUUGCUUAAGUAAAAGCAAAGUGUUUUAUCUA